CCGCACAGCAGAAAGUCACCUCCUGGCGGGUCAGAGAGAAGCUAAUAGCGGAGCAAAUAGCAGAGCUAACCCGGUCCCAGAGCCCCGGGAGAAGGUCGGCAGGAGGACAGCAGCAUCCUCUCACAGCUUUAAAGCUGCCUGGGGUUUAUUUACAUCCUACCCACUGACUAAAGCUUUUUAAAGUCCGUAGCUUUCCAAGGACAGACACCUGUCGAGCUAACCGUUAGCCAGCUAGCUUCCUCUCCUCUGAACCAGAACCAUGGCCGCCCUCAGAGCCUCCUACCACCGCAUCCUGGACAGGAUCGAGCACAUUCUGCCCGCCAAACUGAGACCUCUGUACAACCACCCGGCAGGUCCAAAAACAGUUUUCUUCUGGGCCCCGAUGUUUAAAUGGGGUCUGGUUUUCGCUGGUUUGGCUGAUAUGACUCGACCUGCAGAAAAACUCAGCACUUCCCAGUCUGCAGUGCUGACAGCCACAGGGCUGAUCUGGUCCAGAUAUUCACUGGUUAUAAUCCCCAAGAACUGGAACCUGUUUGCUGUCAACUUCUUUGUCGGCAGUGCUGGAGCCUCCCAGCUGUACAGGAUCUGGAGGUAUGAGCAGGAUAAGAAGGCGCAGGCUAAAGAGGCUACAGAGUCCUGAGGAUCCUGCUGCCGUCGCUUCCAUUGCAGUGAACUAAAGGGAGACUCUCAUCAUCUCCAGCAUCCCACGUUGUCUCCAUAACAUCCAUGCCAUAACCUUUGUUCUACCACAUUAAGCCUGUUGUCCCUGGUGGAAAGAAGCACUUUUCCUUAAGUUUCAGAUUUCCUCGGGUGUAUUUAAAACCAACAAAAAAAAGAAUAUUUUUUUAACACGCAUUUAAGAAUGGCGGUCAUCAACGAACAAGUCCUGCUUGUUCAGCAAGUUCCAUGAUUGUACAGUUUAGUUCAACGUCAUGCUUUACAUUUCAUGCGCUAGCUGGGAAGUUUGGUUUUUCCCAUCAUCGUUUUGUUUUUUUCGAUGUAGCAAUCAGUACCUCGAGCAAAAGUUUCCCCAGAAGAAAGAAUAAGAAGAAAUGUAACUCUUGAAUGUGGUUUAAAGAAUGCUUCCAAAUGAAAUAAGGAAGGAUAGAAGGAUGUCAUCACGUUUAUCUUUUAGUUUGGUUAGAGUGCAGGCUUCUGUACCUCAACCAUCAUUAAAAUCAGGAGUGAUUCCCGUGUAACGAUUCCUUCCAUCUUAAUGACUUUAAGUGUUUAAAUCUGUGUAAAACAAAUCCUAAUUUAUGAUUCAUUUAUUAAGAUAUUCUCUUGUCAAAACUGUAUAGAAAGAUGCUGUUUUUUGUGAUUCUAUAUCAGGAUUUCUGACACAGAUGCCACAUAUUUAACACUGGUACUGACACUUCCGUAUUAUCAGAACCUUGCUGUCAAAGACUGGUUGUUCUUAGGAAGGUAUUUUAUGUAUUUUUUUCUGUGUAAGAAUAACCAUUUCUUUGACAUGUUCCCCCAUAUUUAUUCAGCAUAAUCCAAUGAGUAACUUAGCAAUAAUUGGUCUUAUCACGUAAUCUGCUAACUGUUUGUACAAAUGGCACUUUUCGGGUUGAUCGUGACGCUGUGUGGCUCUGUAAUGGCUCUGUAAUGCUAAUAAACACUUAACACCUACA